UGCUUAAACCCAACUGAAAUGUGGACUUUGAAUUCACUUUCAUCAAAGGUAAACAAUAACAACAUAUUUGUAAACAAUGCAAAUUCAUUCCCCAUAAGCCAAAAAAUUAACAAUGAGAGACCAGUGCUGCUUCAGAAACUCACCGCGGGACUCAGUUCCAGUUCAAUCGAACAAAUAAAAAACUUUAUUUUUUUCCGUUUUUCCCCCACAACAACAUAUUUCCGCAGUGUGUACAUGCCAUCAAUACUUUCAAAACAUCGCUAAUGGUUGGCAACCCCACUAAUGAUGCUCAUUUUGGUGUUUCUCCAAAAGUGGUGAAAGAAGAGAGUAACCGGCGGAGUAAGUCCCCGCUUACUGUGGUGAACUGUUAUCUACGGGAACAUAGAGUUCUAUCAUUGCAGCAUUUCCAUUACAUUCCCAUACGGUCAGUCUAUUUUUGGUCCCGAUGCAUUUGUUGCCUUGGCGAAACGUAAAUAAAUGAUUGAAAUCAAAGCCAAAUUGGUGCGGGCGGACUCGGCCAUCUACGCCACUGGUGAGAGAGUAGAGUGCCUGAUCGAGUUCACCCACAGAGUGUUCUCAGAUGACCAGUCCGCUUCCCAAAGCAGAAAUGCCAACGAAGCCAGCCAGGAAAACCUCGCCUGGGCCUCGGCCCAGUUGCACUGCUACCGGAAGACCAGCUACUCCACUUCCACGGCAGACAGGACUGCCGAACUCACGGAGAUGAUCGGGCGAACAGCCUUGGAUGCGGUUACCCAGGCACCUGGCGAAGUGAUUGUGGCCACCAAACCCAAGAUCCUCUUUUGCGAUCUGCGCCUGCAGCCUGGAGAGACCAAGAUGUAUUUCUUCAACGAAUUCGUGCCGCGCGAUGGUCCUCCGACAUACAGAGGCCACAACAUCCGGUACUUCUACAAGAUCACCAUAGCUACGCAGCGAGUCAAAUCCAAGGUGCAAACGCUGACUGUUCCCAUCCGGGCGCUGCCCAUUCCCAUCAUUUCCCGGCCCGACGAGCUGCCCGUAACUGUAGAGACCAAUGAGGAGCUGGCGCCCACUAAUCCUUUCCUGGAGAAACGCGAGAUAAGCGAACUAGAGAUAUCCUGGCAUCAUCUGAAGAACGUCACCGCACGCCGUGCGCCCAAGUUCUACCGCAUUUCAAACAAGCGUGGAUUCGUCGGUCGCUUUUGCUUGUUCAAGCCAGCUUACAAACUUGGCGAGGACAUCGUGGGCAGCCUAGACUUUGGCCAGUGCCAGGUGCGCUGCGUCCAGUUCUCGGUGAAGCUGCAGCAGCAGGAGCUUUCCAUCCGACCACAGCCUGUCCAGACCCAGCAGCUCCAAUCCCAAUCCUCUGCGGGGGAUGAUGUCUCCUCGAUAAACUCAUUUGAUAUGGCCAGCAUAGCUAGCGGAGUGGUUGCCGAUAACCUGCACAAAUCGGCCACUUCUGGAAGUUCGCGGGAUAAGGACGCUCCUGAGCCAACCGGGAAACUUUCUACCAUUUCCACCUCUCAUCAGGUGUGCUACGCCACGUUGCAGACCCAGGUGGUGGUCCCGAUUCCGCUGCAUGUAACACCCACAUUCCGUACGGACCUCGUCGACGUCCGAUGGCGAUUGCAUUUCGAGUUUGUAACCACCACGUUGAUGGAUUUCGGCAUACCGAAUCCAGAUUUCGGCGAGUUGAAGGCCCCUGCAGAGCUGCCCGUAGAAACGAUGGUGUGGAACCUGCCGGUGACCAUCUACGCGGCCAAUCCUCUCCAGAUUUACGCCCCUAACCAGACCUUUAACAUGCUCAUCAAGUGAUUUCAAAGCAUUUUUUACACUGUAGAAUUCUUUAAUAACAAUUCGCUACAAAACAAAGUUCUCUUAUAAAGAGAAUAUAAAAUAUAAGAAAAAUGCAUCUGAAAA